AACGGCAACUCGUCCGUUCGAUCUCUCGCUGUGGUGGAUACAGAAUCCAAAGUUGCAGUCUAACUGCACGCAAAUAUGGAAGGAAUCCGCCAUCGUCGUCGUAAUUUCCCACAAAUACCCCCCCCGCUACUUCUGCUAAUUACGCACCUAACCUCCCACCGCCGCCACACCGAGCCUCCUCUCCGGCCCCCGCCUUCCCAGUCCCCUCAUCUCUCGUCUCUCCUCCUGCCUCCUCGUCCUCGCCUUCCCAUUCCCCCGCCCCAAACCCCCAGCUCGAUUCCCAGUCGUCUCGCCCCGUGAUGUCGCCGGCUGCUGGUGGCCCCGCGCCCGCGCCAGCGCCAGCGCAAUCAGCGGCCGCCGUUCCGCAGGCGAUCGCGGUACCGCCGGAGUCCGGCCGUUCGGCGCCCGAGGCGUCCCGCAGGGAUCCACCGGCCCACCCCGAGGGGGCCGAUCCCACCAAUGCGGCGGCAAGGAAGACAACGUGGAGCGUGCUGGCGCAGACCCCCGCCGCCGCGGCGGAGGCGACCCCAGAGGGCGGCGGCAUCAUCGGCGGGGACGCCUCGUGGCCGGCGCUCGUGGAGUCGACGCGCGCGUGCCCCAAGUCGGGCUCGUCCGACUCCCUCAAUGCCCUCUCCGAUGUUUCCGGCCCGCCUCCGCAGGAGGAUACAAUUGCUGCUUCAUCGGUACUUCCACAUCCAGUUGUGGGGGCUAAUCCGAUUCCCACUGCCCAAAACCCUACCUCCAUACCUCCUCGCACGCCUGCGGCUUCCUCUCAGCAGAACGGUGCCACAACCCAGACAUUUCCAGUUCGGCGCAGUGGCAACCGUGGAAAUGGUAGCAAUGGUGGCGUCAGGGCUGCCAAUAGUAGCGGAGGUGACGGGAGCAGCGGCAGUGGUGGUGAUGGUAACUGGAAUGAUGGAAGCCUUGGUACUGACAGCGGUUGCAACAGCAGCAAUGGCGAUGGUCCCAUCAAUUUGGAUGAUAAUGUCCCUGGCACUCGUUGUGCCCGUGGGAAUGACAAUGACAGCAGCAGAAAUCCUUCUGGCAAUGGCCACUGGAACCACAACAUACGAGGUGGUGGUGGUGGUGGUGAUGGGAACAAUAGAAAUAGCAGUGGUAGCAGCAACCACUGGAAUAAUAAUCCCCGAAAUAGUAGUAGUAGCAAUGGCGUUGGAGGUCGUGGUGGUUACCGGGGUCGCCGUGACCAUGAGAGAGGGGCUAAUUUCUCCCCUAGGAACUUCCCAAGAGUUCCGGUAAUGCCAUAUCAACAGCAGCAGCAGCCUGGCAUCUACCAGCCUGGGCCCUUUCACCGACCACCACCACCGGCUGCCCAUUUCAUGGUGCCACAGCAUUUUUAUGUCCCAUCAUUUCCCUACCUUGCUGAUGUGCAACCUUAUCCUGUCUACCUCCCACCAGUAGAACAGUUUCAGAACAUGCAUCUUCUUCGGCCACCCAUGCAGCCUGCUUGGGUUCCUCCUCAUCAGGAUCAACCAAAUCUCCAAGAUAGUAUUAGGAAUCAGAUAGAGUUCUAUUUUAGCACAAAUAAUCUAUGCCAUGACACAUUCUUGAGGAGACAUAUGAACAAUCAAGGAUGGGUACCUAUUGACCUAAUCUUAGGGUUCAACCGGAUGAGGGCGUUUACAGGUUUGGUGGACACCAACUACAUACUAGAUGCUAUCCGUGGUUCUGAGUUAUUGGAAGUGCAGGGAGAUAAUGUCCGGAGGCGCAAUGAUUGGAUGGAAUGGCUGCUUCAUUAAGGCCGUCCACUAGUAAAUCAGGUUCAGAUGCCAAGAUGCAGCUGCAUGCCAUAUUGGGGGAACUGAAUGAAUAGAAGUCUUGAUCACGGCGUGAUGGACUGAUGUACAGCGAGCGGGUCUAUUGGAAUCGGGAUGAUUUUUGUUUGACGUGAUGGCUGCACGUGAAGGCACAUUAUUCAAAGGGAAAAUAAUUUUACUUAGGGCUAGCAAAUGUUUUUAUGGCAGUCUGUAUAGUUGUCCGAAAAGAAGUGACCACCCUGCCUUCUCAUUAUGGAUUAUUAUUAUUAUUAGGUGUCCUGUUGAACGAUUUGGUGACCGUUUGCUUUGCUUUUCUUGGAUCAAAGUCACGUAACCGCAGCCCAUUCAAUUCAA